AUGGAGAUGAUGAUGUCGGAGACUUUAAUCAAUUCUGACCAAAGAAAGUUUGAUCUUCCGGUGGACUCUGAACACAAGGCAACAAAAUUCAGAAUAUUCUCAAUCGCAGCACCUCAUAUGAGAGCAUUUCACCUCUCUUGGAUUUCAUUCUUUUCAUGUUUCGUUUCCACCUUCGCUGUUUCGCCACUCCUCCCUAUAAUCCGCGACAACCUCAACCUCACCGCCACCGAUAUCGGAAACUCCGGAAUUUCGGCGGUUUCCGGCGCUGUUCUCGCUCGAAUCGCCAUGGGAACCGCUUGUGACUUAUUUGGUCCUCUUGUCGGCACUGCUAACUGUGUCUCCGGCGGCUGGGGAAACCUCGGCGGCGGGGCAACCCAGCUCAUCACGCCCCUUGUUUUCUCUCUCAUCCGUGACAUUGGUGCAACAAAAUUCACAGCCCGGAGAAUCGCAUUCUUCAUUCCUGCUCUGUUCCAGACCUUAUCGGCAUAUGCAGUUUUCUUCCUCGAGCAAGACCUGCCAGACGGGAACAUUUCCGGGCUCCAAAAAUCCGGCUACAAGCAAAAAGAUUACUUUUUUUAG